CCAGAACCAUCGAGACCCACAUGUUUUCUCUGACACGCAUUAUUUCUGUUUUCUCUCCUGCUCUGUAAUACCACUGAAAGUGCAUAUCAUGUGUGUGGUAUCCAGAAAUAAAUGAGGCUUAAAAGAUGAGGCUUGGUAUAAAUACUUCCCUCUCACCAGCCUCAGGACAUCAACCAUCUCACAAUGAGUCAUUUAAGGGGCCUUCUCUUUUUUGUGUUUGCAUUUUCUGCAGCAAACACUGUUUCUGUUAAACGUAAACCUCAGAAGAAAAUAUUGCAGCUAGAUUGGCCUACAAACUGUGGCAUUGCACAUUUCCAGCCAAACACAGGUGAGAGAAUUGUCUUGGGGAAUGAAGCAAGACCCCAUUCUUGGCCAUGGCAAGUCUCAUUACAGGUACGUCCUAAGGGGAGCAACAAAUUUGUCCAUGUAUGUGGAGGAACUCUAAUUCACAAGAACUGGGUCCUUACGGCUGCUCACUGUUUUCAAAAGGGCAAAGCAGAGAAUGCAGCAAACUGGCGCAUUGUUCUGGGGAAGCACCAUCUUAACCAAAAUGAAAAGACAGAGAAAAUCUACUAUGUCAAGAAAAUUUACAGGCAUGAAAGUUUCUGGUACCCGCGCCUGAAUCAGUUAGACUAUGACAUCGCUCUGGUCAGGCCAAAACAGGACAUCCUAUCAAACCAGUACAUACACUAUGCCUGCCUGCCACAGAAGAACAGAGUACUGCGGCCUGGACAUUUCUGCUGGGUAACAGGAUGGGGUGACACUAGAGGGCAGCAUAAAAACUUGUCCUUGUCUGAUGUUCUAAACCAAGCAAAGUUACCAGUGAUUGACAUUCAGACAUGCAAACAGAAGAAACACUGGGGGUCCCAUGUUCGAGAAUCUAUGAUCUGCGCUGGUCUGUUAGACACUAGAGGGCUACCUGCUGCCUGUCAGGGCGACUCAGGAGGACCCUUGCUGUGUCAGGUUGGGCAAGAAAGAUGGGAAGUGCAUGGUAUUGUCAGUUUUGGACCAGUAGGGUGUGCUGCUGAAAACAAGCCUAGUGUCUUUACCAAAACCUCUGCUUACAUUCCUUGGAUUGAAGCAACCAGGAUCAGAGAUUUUUUUCUGCAGUGAUUUGUGAUGUAAAAUGUCACAAAUCCAGCAUACACAUGAAAUUCUAAUACAUUAAAUAUUAAACGUAUUAAAAGAGUUUUGCUAUUACUGGUUACUGAUUUGUGAUGUAAA